AUGGCGAGCCAGCAGCAUUACUAUCCUCCUCCGCCCGGCGCGACACAGAGCUCACCUGCUCCUCAACCGCAGCAACAGCAACAUCAAUAUGCGCUGCCACCGACCUCUCCUCCGGCUAAUCGCACACAAUUCUAUCCUCCUCCACCUCAGGCUCAACCUCAACCCGGACAGGCUGUGAACUACCCUGCUCCUCCUCAACAUACACCAUCUCCCCAAGUCCCUCACCAGCCGACGCCGAUUCACUAUCCGGCUCCUCCCCAGGCUCAGCAGCAGACUCCCUCUCCACAAGCCAAGCAUCACUCUCAUAGUUCCUCUCAGGGCUACUAUCCUCCUCCUCCAACUUCGGCACCAGCGUAUCAGCAGCACUUUCAGCACAACCUGCCUCAGGCGACACCUCCGCCCCCGCAAAAUCAGUAUCAUGCGCCGGGCCAACAGAGCAAUUUGGCCAUGAGGCCUGGACCAACUCCUCCAGUAGCGACUCCUCCGGCAGCGACUCCCCAGUCUACUCAGCAGAACUUUGAACCGCCACCGCCAGUAUCCCCUUUGGGUGACAACCAAUAUCCCAUUGAGAAGCUCAAGCAGGAGCCUCAACAGCAGCCCGGAACAGCAGUUGCAAUGACUGUGUCUGGGGCACCCGAGGCAGGUCAAUUCGUUGGGGCAGGGGCCACGUCUGAUGACGUUGGAACAUUCAAUGGUGGCAGCUACCGUAUUAGCCACCGCGAUACCAACACGAUUCUCACCAUCCAGCUCGCAAUGGGCUGCCCCAUGACUGGCAAGCCUGGUGCGAUGAUCGCUAUGUCUCCCUCGGUUACUCUGAAAGGCCAAAUCAAGUUCAGUGUGAAGAAGAUGAUCACCGGAGGUGAAAUGUCAAGUUCGACAUAUAUUGGUCCAGGAGAGGUUCUUCUUGCGCCCCACAGCCUUGGUGAUAUAACUACCCUUCGUCUUACAGGCAAGGAAGCCUGGUCCGUAGGCCACGAUGCAUUUCUAGCUUGUACCCAAGGCGUUAUAAAAGACUUCAAGAGACAAGGAUUGGGCAAGGCAAUGUUCAGUGGCGAGGGUCUCUGGGUUUAUAAGAUCAGUGGUAUAGGAUUGUUGUGGGUUUCGAGUUUUGGUGCCAUCAUUCACAAAACACUUGUCGAGGGGGAGAAGUACAUCGUGGAUAACGGACAUCUGAUUGCCUGGAACUGCAAGUAUGUAAUGGAGCGUGUUGCCUCUGGGGGUAUCAUCUCAGGCAUUGCUUCAGCAGAGGGUUUGGUUUGUAAAUUUACUGGUCCGGGAACAGUCUACAUGCAAACCCGGAAUGCGAGGGCGUUUGCUGCUUUCAUGGGUGGCCAGCAGUAUCAGGGAUAA